UAAAGUCCAUUCUCAGGCAUUAUAGAAACUGCAGCCUGACAACACAGAGAACCUGCACAGCUGAGGUUUACGCACAGGAUGAAGGUGAUCAUUAGAGCCACUGUGCUCUGUCUGGCACUUAGCAUUGCCACCAGUACAGAUGAUGUAACACAAAAUACCACCAACAACCAGAUACCCCCUGAUGAUUCAUCCUCAGACUGGGGCCUAGGUACAGUACGUGAUGGAUUUGAGGCAGUCAAUGGUUAUUUUGACUCCUUUUUGGAACUCCUGGGUGGACGAAAUGGAGUUUGUCAAUACAAAUGUCGAUAUGGUAAAGCCCCUCUACCCAGGCCAGACUACAAGCCCCCAGAACCCAAUGGCUGCAGUUCCUAUUUCCUUGGUCUCAAGGUACCAGAAAGUUUGGAUAUGGGUAUCCCUGCAAUGACAAAAUGCUGCAACCAACUUGACAUUUGCUAUGAUACCUGCGGGGCAAACAAGUAUCGCUGUGACGCAAAGUUCCGCUGGUGCCUGCACUCAAUCUGCUCAGACCUGAAAAAGAGCCUGGGCUUUGUCUCCAAAGUUGAAGCCUGUGAAGGAGUGGCAGACACAGUCUUUAACACUGUCUGGACCUUGGGAUGUAAACCUUUCAUGAACAGCCAAAGAUCGUCUUGCAUCUGCAACGAGGAGGAAAAAGAUGAAUUAUAAGAAUAAUGAAUCCUUUGUCCAGUCGUCCUGAAGUAUUGCUGCAGUGCACAGCCUGGUAUCCAGUGGUUACUGCACAGUAUUACAGCACUGCAUAGCUACUCACCUGAUACCACUGAAGCAUUGCCCUAAUGGACAGUUGUUUAACGUAUGUGUAUAUUAAGCAUGCAGCUGGCUACCAGGGUGACGUGAUGGCAGUUUUUUUUUUUUAACAGAGUGUUGCCUCCCAUUUCCAGAUGCCACAGCUGGACUUGUCUAUCUGCAACUUGCAAUUCUUCUCACCCUACUGGGCAUGUCGGAGGCAUUUCCCGUUCUGCAUAACUGAUGUGUGUUCACAGUAUUUCCAUUUUCACUUAGCUUAGAUUUUCCAUAUUUAUUAUUAAAUACAUUUCUACAAGAAAUCCCAUUAACUGUUUAGACUUUAUAAUCCUCCUGUUAAUUAGAACAAACCAAUAAAUAUAGGCACAGUUACUUUUGUACUGCUCCCUAGGCUGUACAAUAUUAUUGCCCCAUGUCACUAAUGUGUAUAUUUUAAGUUAAGAAGAAGAUUUGUAUUGUCUUUAUUAAAAGCUGUGCUCUUU